GUAAAUUUUUUUGUAAGGAAUGUACAUUUGUGCUAAAGGCCUGCCCUCACUCCUGACCCCACAGCUGUCAGUAGUAUUUGACUAUUUUCACUUGAACGUUCGAGAGAGUUGACGUUCUUAUCGACUUUCAUCUGCAAAAGUUAAAGUGUUAACUCAAUCAGGAAAUCUACAUCUGUUACAGUAGUAAAUAUGUCUUAUAGAAACCAAACUGGGUACGGAAACGGUAAUGGAUAUCGUCCUCGUCAAAAUGGAUUCGAAUCGCGAGGCUCCAAUGGCAACUUCGGCCAACGUAAUGGAAAUUGGAACAACAAUCAAUGGGGUGAUAGCAGGCAAAGUGGAAACUACGGCGACAAAGGCAAUUUUGCAGGGGACAAGCUGCACAAUGUCGAGUGGGCAAACAAAACUCUUCGUCCCUUUAAGAAGGAUUUUUAUGUUGAACAUGAUAUCAUUGGACAAAGAUCAGAUGAAGAGGUGAAGAAGUACUGCCUGGAAAAGGGAAUAACCGUUCAAGGCAAAGCCCCCAAACCUAUUCAAAGUUUCCACGAGGCCAAUUUUCCUGAUUAUGUGCUUGAUGCUGUAGUGGCGCAAGGCUAUGAGUAUCCCACCUCCAUUCAAGCUCAAGGCUGGCCCAUUGCUCUCAGUGGCCAGGACAUGGUGGGAAUAGCUCAAACAGGAUCGGGAAAAACUCUUGCCUACAUACUGCCAGCUAUCGUGCAUAUAAACAAUCAAUGUGAUGUUCAAAGAGGAGAAGGGCCGAUUGUUCUAAUUUUAGCCCCCACGAGGGAAUUGGCUCAGCAGAUUCAACAAGUUGCGCACGCCUUUGGCAAGACGUCCCGAAUUCGCAAUACCUGCGUCUUUGGCGGAGCCCCCAAAGGACCCCAAGCUAGAGAUCUGGAACGCGGCGUUGAAAUCUGCAUUGCUACACCUGGUCGAUUGAUCGACUUUUUGGAAAGAGGAACUACCAACUUGGAGCGAUGCACUUACUUGGUGUUGGAUGAAGCCGACAGGAUGCUAGAUAUGGGCUUUGAGCCCCAAAUUCGCAAAGUUUUGAGUCAGAUUCGACCUGACCGCCAAACAUUAAUGUGGUCUGCCACCUGGCCAAAAGAAGUAAAAAAAUUGGCUUUAGACUUCAUGAAGUCCUAUGUCCAACUAAAUGUUGGGUCGCUGGAGUUAUCAGCUAAUCAUAAUAUUAUGCAGAUCGUUGAUGUUUGUCAAGAGCACGAAAAAGAUAUCAAAUUGAACAACUUGCUGCAGGAGAUUGCGAUCACUCUGGACCCGGCAUCCAAAAUCAUUAUCUUCGUCGAAACCAAGAAAAAAGUGGAAGGCGUAACACGCAAUAUUAGAGGAUCCGGAUGGCGAGCUGUGUCGAUGCAUGGCGACAAAAGCCAAGAUCAACGGGACUAUGUGUUGAAAGAAUUCAGAAAUGGCAAAGCUUCGAUUUUAGUAGCCACUGAUGUUGCCGCAAGAGGAUUAGAUGUAGACGGAAUUAAGUACGUUGUCAACUAUGAUUACCCACAUUCGUCCGAAGAUUAUAUUCAUCGAAUCGGAAGAACUGGCCGAUGCAAUUCCACGGGAACUUCAUAUGCGUUCUUUACUCCCUCUAAUUCCAAGCAUGCUAAAGAUUUAAUUUCUGUCCUGCAAGAGGCUAAACAGAUUGUUGACCCAAAGUUGCAAGAGAUGGCCCGCAAUAGCUACAACGGUAAGCCAAAUAGAUGGGGCGCAAGGCCUUUCAAGGCAAGACAGAAUGGAAUAUCGUCCCAAAAGUCCGGGUAUGGCGGAUUCCGCAAUAAUGGAUACAAUGGAUAUUCCAAAAUUAAUGGUUACUAAUUGGAGUAAAUGGCUGGUACCACUUCGUUAAUAUCGUAAAUGUUUCCUUGUUGAUCACAUGUGAUUUUCAUGUUUUAGAAUAGCUAUUGCAUUUCAGUCUUCGUUCAAUACUAAAAGUAUUAUUGAUAAUCUAUAUCUUUCACGUUUGUAAUAUGUGUUUGUUUAUGACUGUGAUAGAAGUAGAUUUCUUCUUUUAGCCGUAAGUUUUUGGUUCACCACUAUGUAUUAUUUAUUACAAAAUUGAACGUUUAGCAAAAAUAAAUUAUCUUUUCAUA